CAGAGGUCGCUGUUGUCAGUGUGUGAAUGGGGAUCGGAGGAGGACUGAUGGAGUCCACGGAGCUCGGUCGCGAUGAACCCGUUUGACGGCUCCGGUUCUCCGCGACACGAGGAGCCGGCGGACGGCCGGUGUCCGUGGUCCCGCUUCACCUCCUGGCUGGAGUGCGUGUGUGUCGUCACCUUCGACCUGGAGCUCGGACAAGCUAUAGAGCUGCUGUUUCCUCCAGAUGUGAAACUCACCGAGAAAGAGAAAACCACUAUCUGCUACCUGUCCUUCCCCGACUCGUACUCAGGAUGCCUCGGGGACACUCAGUUCAGCUUCAGGCUGCGUCAGUCAGUGGGUCGCAGAGCGUCGAGGUCCAGAGAAGACAUCUAUAACCGAGACGCUCCGGUCACACUGCAGAAGGAAGUGUCCCAUUUCUGUGGUUACGUCUAUUUCAGACAAGUGAAGGACGUAACAGUAAAGAGAGGAUAUUUCCAGAAGUCUCUAGUGUUGGUGUCCAGGCUGCCGUACACUCACCUGUUCCACUCGCUGCUGCAGAUUAUCGCACCUGAGUUCUUUGAGAAGCUGGAGCCCUGCCUUGAAACUGUUUGUAACGAGAUUGACCAAUGGCCUUCACCUGUGCCUGGAAUGACCCUCAACCUGCCUGUGAUGGGCGUGGUCUUACAGGUGAGGAUUCCUUCGAAAACAGACAAACCAGGAGGAAGUCCAGUGAGACAGACGUCUUCAGAGAACCUGCUGCCUUUUCCGACUCUGCUGCCCACCGUCCACGAGCUGGACCUGUUCAGGAGUUUCCAGUCGGUGCUGAUCCACCUGCAGAUGCUCUGGGAGCUCACGUUACUCGGCGAACCGGUGGUUGUCAUGGCACCAUCUCCCACCGUUUCCUCGGAAACGGUGCUGGCUCUUGUCAGCUCCAUCAGUCCUCUGAAGUUCUGCUGCGACUUUCGUCCUUAUUUCACCAUCCACGACCCGGAGUUCAGAGAGUUCACCACCAGAACCCAGGCCCCACCUCACGUGGUCCUGGGCGUCACCAACCCAUUCUUCAUCAAGACGUUUCAGUCGUGGCCUCACGUCGUCAGACUGGGGGAGAUCAGGAUGACAGGUGAUUUACCGAAACAGUUGAAGGUGAAAAAACUUUCCAAACUGAAAAUACUCGACACCAAACCAGGCAUUUACACAUCCUACAAGACGUUUCUACACAAAGACAAGAUUCUGGUUAAAAGACUGUUCAAGGGUUUCCAGAGGAAGCGGCCGUCAGAGGUCCAGAGCGCCAUCUUGAGGAGACACCUGGUCGAACUCACUCAGAGCUUCAUCAUCCCGCUGGAGCGCUACAUGGCGAGCCUGAUGCCUCUGCAGAGAUCUGUGACGCCUUGGAAGACUCCUCCUCAGAUCCGACCCUUCAGUCAGGAUGAGUUCAUGUUGACUGUGGAUCACACCGGGCCUCAGCUCACCUCCGGGCUCAGAGGUGAUUGGAUGGGACUGUACAGGAAGUUCUUCAAGUCGCCCAACUUUGACGGUUGGUAUCGUCAGCGCCACAGAGAGAUGAGUCAGAAACUGGAGAGUCUGCACCUGGAGGUCGUCUGUGACGCCGACCUGGUCGGUUGGACCAGAGACAAGUCUGAGGUGGAGAUCGUCGAUCUGGUUCUGAAGCUCAGGGAGAAACUGAAUAAAGCUCACCGGCAGCAGCUGCAGCUGAAGGACGGAGUUUCAGACAAAUUGGAGACUUUUAUUCUCUCGAUCAUCAGGACACUUCCUGGAGACCUGCAGACGGAGCUGAGGACUCACUGAGUUCUCGUAUCAUCAUAAUAAUAAUGUUAUAAUAAUACUAAUGUUUUAAGAAGUAAAAUCUGAAUCUUGA